UCGAAACUGUGAAAUGACCAGCUAAAACAACACAAAAAAGGGGAAGAAAUAAAGGGUAAUGUCACUGAAUUAAUUGCUGAUGUAUUACCUAACUGGUAAGCCGGAAAUACUGAAGGAUUUAGCUUCUAUUACUGAGCAGUAAAAUGAACCAGUCACAUUUGUCUGAAUGAAGACAGGAAACAAAACCAUCCAGAAUGUGGAGGUACAAGCUGCCUGGUUUUGCCCCACGUCUCCUUUAUGAACUGCAGAAACAACAGCAGUGCAGCGUUCACUGUGAUAUACUUCUGCAAACACAGGGUGUCUCUAUUCCUGCUCAUAGUUGUGUGUUGUCUGCAAUCAGCCCAGUUUUUUGUAGAGCUUUUUCCAAUGCAUCUUCACUUCCCAUAGGCCAGACUAGACUAGUACAGCUGGAGGCAGUGGGGGCUCAUGCUUUGAUGAAGCUGGUUGGGUUCAUGUACUCAGGUGAGAUGGAGGGAGAGAGCUUGGAUGAACAGCAGGAAGUGAUUGAAAUUGCCUACAGGCUAGGUUUCAGUAACUUUAUGGAUGGGGAAAAAAAGCAGGUGAAUAGGCAUCAGAAUAAAACUGCAAGUUGGAGGGAGAUUGGACUGCAGACUGAAGAAACCGGAGAGAGAAAGAACGACGCAAGUAUACAGAUCCUGUCAAAGAAGCAGACCAUUACUCAUUCAAGCACCCAGACAGAGAGUUCUGAAGCUCACAUUGCAGACACAUGUGUUGCAUCAGUGUCAAAGCUGCCUAUAGGCCUGACAGGUGAAUUAACUGAAGUUCCUAGCGAGUUUAACAGCAUUUCUCCAGACGCAGGUCUUGCCUGGAUAGAUGAGUUUGCUGCUCAAUCUCCACUGAACAGUAAUGAAACAUUGGUUAGAGUGCACACCAAAAGUCAGCAAAAUCAAAAGCCAAAGAAAAGAGCAAAAAAGUUUAAGAAGGGAGACACACAGAUUUCGUUAAAGAUAAAACUGAAAAGGCAGAGUAGUGGGGCAUUGUGGGAAACUGUGAGCGUCCAAAAGGAGAGUACAGCUGAAGGGUCAAAAACCUGCGGAUCAUCUGAUGACCCUCCGAUGACGCACAGUCUUGCUGAGACCCAUAAGACAUCUGGGGAAGUCCAACUGAGCCUCUCGCCCUCAUUGGCUUGUCAAAAUCUUGCAACUGUCACGCUCACACCUCCCUCAGAAUUGACAAUAUCUCUUCCUGCCACACCAACCAGAACAUAUUCUGAGCUCUAUUGUCACAAUGCUCUAUUACCGGUUUUGUCCCAGCAGGAAGAGUCAGACAAACAUACUGCAAAGCUAUUAGAGAUGGUCACAGUGGGUUUAAACAUCUUGCCUUCGGUCACAGUGAAGGGAAACAGCAGCACACAUGAGCAUCUGGAUCGAAAUCUGGAGAAGAGUGCAGCUCUAUCUAAUUCAUCAGAUUCAUACAUUUGUUUGCUUGACCAUAAUCUAGCAAUUGGGGCAUUUGAGACAUCAAGCACAUCUGAACAAAGAGAAACAGGGUCUGAGGACCAAUCGAACUGCAGAAAAUGGAAUCUAAAAAAUGUGUCAUCAGUGGCAAGUGAUCAAACAUCAUUUUCCUGGACCCUCCAUGCAUUACUCAAAAGAAAAAUACUGAUUCAUUAUUUACUCCCCCAUGCCCCAUGACAGACAUCCUGCCAUCCAAGCUUACUUUUGACAUCGAAGAUCUUGAACAUCAAAACAUAGUUGAGUUGAAGACUGUUUUAAAUAACUCAUUUUGGGGUGCAGAUAAUUAUGCACACUCAGAAAAGCAGAUUGUGAUUGACACUAAUGAAAACUGUACUGCCCAAACUCACAUCUCAGGAAAUUAUAUAAGUAAUGCAGCGGAGGAUCAACCCACAUCACUAGAUAAACAGUGUCCAGAGAUGCUUUAUGUAACAGAUCAGACGUCAAAAGCUAUUGAUUCUGAUAACUGGGAAGAUUUCUGUGAGAUGAGACUCCCAAGAUGUCUUUCACCUCUUCCUCCAGAAGUAGGCAAAACAACUGGUAUUUUUACUCAAGAUCCCUUUCAACCACUGGAAUUUUCUUCAUGCCUUUCCGCAUCACAUGGCAACCUCCAGCCCGCAAUAAGAUACACGUCUACUCCAAUUGAACCACAAGCACUUCCCGGCAAAACUAACCCACAAUAUCCAUUAUGUACUUCUCCACAUCAAGAUGAGUUAAAUUGUUUAGUGGUGGGGAAUAACUCAUGCCCUUUAAAAUCAAAUAGAGGUCACAAUGGAGUGGCCACUUACAGUGCAUCAGAAGAGAAAAUGACAAAAAUGACUGACUUUGAGAAUGAUCCAAAGCAUGCUCUUGAAACUGUUAAUGAACCUUAUAGAAAAAAAGCAAAGAUUGCUGGUUACCCAGAUGGAGUUAAUACACAAACAGUGAAAGUAUUAAAUCCCUGUAGUGUAAAGAUAAAGAAUUUGCGACACAUCGCUAACAUACAGGACAUUAGUAACUCUGUAUCCCCAGAGAAAAUAGAUUGCCUGAAGUCUGCCAAGACAAAGAAUACAGUGUCAAAAGAUCUGAAAUCUCAGGAGAAACUGUCCGUCUGCAAGAAAAGUCAGCCUAUCAAGUGUAAAGAUCAAGAGGCAUGCAGAGAAAAGGUCCAGGAUAUAACACAACCUGCCUUGUUGGUGACAAAAUGUGAACGUGGGGACAUGAGGCCCCUUCAGAAAAGGAAAUGCACUAAAGACCUGAUGAAAGACUUAAGCACAAGUGUAAUGAACAGUUCAUCUGCAGUUGCUCCGUCAUCUUCUUGGCAUGAUGACUUACAGUUACCACAAAUUAGUUUGGCGUGUGCACCAAGCCAGGGGAGUGAAAGGGCUUCUAAAGUGCAUCGUCCUUCUUUAGACCUUGCGCCAACCAUAACUACAGUAAACGAUUUCAUCAGUAAGUGUGAACUAAAUAAAGUAACAGAGCCAGAAAUGAAAAAUCCCUUUGUAGAGCCUGAGAAAGUCAUUCCAGAUGUGAAACUAAACAGAGAAGAUGAAAAACAAUGCAAAACGCAUACUUUUUGUGAUCAAGCUAUUUUCAGUGUUUUCCCCACCAUCACUGAGCAUUUCCUACCUGUUUAUCAUAAACCAAUAUCAAUUUUGCAGACAAAUGCUGAAACAAACAAAACUAGCCUUCUCAGUAAAAAGCUCAGGGAACCUUUAGAGUCUGCUGAAAUGAGUCCAAAUUUAAUGAACAAAAAUAGACUGGAAAAUAAAGAUAAGACUAAAGAGAUAGAGAAAGGUGUACCAGGGCCUGAUAAACCUGGCAAAGCUCUAGACACUGACAAAAAAGUGGAUUCAACAAACAGAGUUGAGAUUGAACAUGUUGAUGGUUCAUCCAUAAAUGUAAAUGGAUGUUUGGUGAAUGGAAAAGUUGCGGGAGAAAGUGAUAUUAGUGCAAAUACCAGUUUAUCUUUUCAUGAUCUGAAUACUGCUUCUCAUUUCUGUACAGUUCCUUCAGCUAGGGAUGUUAACAAUUUUCAUUUUCAGCUGGAAAAUAAUUUGCAGCUUGAAUUAAAUACGUUAUUGCAUCAUUUUAGGUCAGAAGACGUGACAGAGGAAGCAAAAACAAAUGAACAAAUUACAGAAUGUAAUGAUCUUCAGAAAGUGCCAAUUUUUAUCCAGACAACAGAAGUGACCUUGAUCAAGACCAAAGGGUUGCAUCUUGGGGAAACUAGGAGCAUUAAAAUCGGUAAAGAUUUGGAGAAGGAGAAAGAAAAAGAGAGCACAGAUCAUGUAGAUAUCAGUGGAAUGAAUGAAAAUGAAGCUGGAAUACGUGAUAUUGAGGUGGAGGUGUUGGAUGAAGGUGCUCAGAUUGAUGCUGGUCAUGGUUAUGAAGUGGUUUCUGACGAGGGAAACAUUGAUGAUGAUGUCGAGGAAAGCGAAAACUCUGUCGAUAUGGAUAAUGAUGGCGAAGCUCUUGCUCGUGAGGAAGAAUUCAACAGACAGCAUGAAGAAGUUGUUGAUACUGAUGCACCCUCUAAUCAACGUGGUGAGGAGCCUGAUCUCAGCAGCUCUUCAGUCGUGAUUCUGCUGGAUGUGAACACAGAGUCAGCAGAUGGCUGCAGCAGUGCUGAAGAGGAGCUUGUUGUGGAUGACAUCUCUGACUCUCCAGUUCAGUCUUCUCCUUUAGUUAUUACUCCGUGUUACCCUAUUCUGGAGGAGGAGGAUGUGUUAAAAGAAGAAGUAGUAGUAAAAAGGAAGAAAGAAGAAGAGGAGGAAGAGGAAGAAGAGGUUGAUGUGACAGGAGAGGAAUCAAAUUAAACUUUUCACACUCUUUCUACACUUUGGAAGCAUCAAAAUAUUUCCCCAAGUGAUCAACUCAGUGAAACAAAGAAGUCUUGUCAAUUUCUGUUUAUAUUUUCAGGUAUUGUAUUAUUAUUAGAAUUAUGUACUGUAUGUACUGUACAUGUAAAAACUGUA